UAUACCUAAAUUUACAACGGACAUUCAUCAGUAGCCCCUUGCAAGGAAACCCCAGGCGUCAGAACAGGUCAACAUGUGCCACAGCUGACGAAGCCUCCAUUUUGAAUGAAGACGUCUUAAUUGAGAGUUGGUGGCUGAACGGAGUACUAUAGAGCAUCCUAUCCUGUGAGUCAUAUGAACUGGACCUGCAAGUUCUGCUCAUUUUCUUCUGCUAAUCAACGCAGCAUAAUAAGGCAUUAUAAGAUAAAACACGGGCACUAUAGUAGAUCUUGCCCCUUGCCUUGCAUCUAUAGUGACUGUUUGUGUUCUUUUAAGACACAGGUUGCUCUUAAAAACCAUUUGCUGAAGCAUAAAACAUCAGGAGUUCAUCAGUCUCCGGCAACUGUUACCCAUGAAUCUCAGUCCAGUGUGGUAACUUAUCGGUUACGGUGUGAAUUGUGUGUGUUUUCUGAGCCAUGUACUAUUAAGCAGUACUUUGUUCAUUUGGGAACUCAUUUGAAGAGUAAAGAAAGUGUUAUCUGUCCCUUUGAGCAGUGUCAGUUUAAGUCUAAUGUAUAUUCCACCUUUACUGGGCACAAAUGUAGAUAUCACUGUAAUUCUGGGGUUAACAAUUUAAGACCUGAACUAAUUUGUAAUCGCAGUACAGCAGAAACCAGUGAGGAACAAAUAGAAGAUGUGGUUUCAGUAGAAUAUGAUGACUUUCCAAAUGAUGAUUACAGUGAAGAUUAUGGAGCGUUGAUUAGUCACAGACUUGCAUCCUUAUUGCUACGUAUGCAAACUAUUUUGCAUGUGUCCAAAUCAGCAACACAGGAAAUAGUUAACGAACUGUAUGAGAUUGGUGUCUUUGCAGGAGAGUUUACUAGUAGGUCAAUUGAGAGAGUGCUAAGGGAACAUAAUUGCAACACCAACAGCACUGUUUUAACUGUGCUAAGAGAAGCGCUGCGGGAAAAUAAUCCUCUCCGUUUACUUUCAAAGACAGGACCAUUUGGCACUGACUAUAGGAGGUCACUGUUUUUCAGAGAAAACUUUCCUGUCAUUGAGCCAAUAGAAUAUAUCUUUGACUGUUCUACCAAAAAGAAGACAUUUGUAUAUGUCCCUAUAUUAAGUGUUUUAACAGAGUUACUCAAUAGAAAUGAAAUUCUAGACCAAGUUAUAGCUGAGGAAUCAGUUUCAUCGCAUUCUGGUCAUUUUAAAACUUUUCGUGAUGGCUUAUUUUAUAAAGAAAACCCACUGUUCUCAAGACAGGAGCUGUCAUUUGCCAUUGUAUUGUAUAUAGACGACUUCGAAGUAUGCAAUCCUUUAGGGACAUCUAGGAAAAAAAAUAAAGUGUGUGCUGUCUAUUGGGUACUAGGAAAUUUGCCCAUCAAAUAUCGAUCUUCUCUGCAAUCUAUAUACCUUGCAAUUCUGUGUAACAGUAAUGAUAUUAAAACAUUUGGCUAUGAGAAAAUUCUUCAACCUCUUUUAAAAGACAUACAGAUUGAUAACCAAGGUCUAUUCAUUCAGAGGUUAGGAGCUACCAUCAAAGGCACAGUGCUGUUUGUCUCUGCUGAUAAUUUAGCUGCUCAUUCACUUGCUGGCUUCCAGGAAUCAUUCACUGUUGAUAAAUUUUGCAGAUUUUGUUCAGCAAGUCGUAGAGACAUUCAGACAAAUGAAGUGAGAGGUGGGUUAUUUCCACUUAGGACAAAAUUAACUCAUGAGGCAAAUGUUUUGGAGGUUCAACAAAAUCAACAUGUACAGAAUGUAAAUGGUGUCAAAAGAGAUUGUGUUUUGAACAAGCUGAACUACUUUCAUACAGUAACCAGUUUCCCACCUGACUUUCUGCAUGACCUCUUGGAGGGAAUUGUACCGUUUGAACUUAGUUUGUGUCUUAAAAAGUUGAUCUCAGAUAAGUACUUCACAUUGGAUGAAUUGAAUUCUGCUAUACAGAAUUUCCCGUACUUAUUCUCUGAUAAGACCAACCGCCCAAAUAAAAUACCCAGGAGUUUCAGCAUCAAUGGUACAAUCGGUGGAAAUGGUCACGAGAACUGGACUUUGUUACGACUAAUUCCAUUGAUGAUUGGGGAACUUAUCCCAGAAAAUGAUGCGACAUGGGGUGUUAUUCUUAAAUGAAAAGACAUAGUAGAACUUUUGGCAACACCCUCUUUUACUGACCAGACUCUAUGCUAUUUGGAAGAAAACAUCUCGGUACAUAGGCAAUUGCUCCAGGAUGCAUUUCCUGACUGUAAACUCAAGCCAAAACAUCAUUUCGUAGAACAUUAUCCCUACUUGAUCCGUUGUUUUGGACCUUUGCUGGACUGUUGGACAAUUCGCUUUGAAGCAAAACACAGCUUUUUUAAAAAAGUUGUGCGUGACGUGAACAAUUUUAAAAACAUUUUGCUAACAUGAGCUACAAGACACCAGCAUAUGUUAGCUUACUUCCUUGACAUGCCCUGCCUUUUUAAGCCACCACUGGAGGUUGACCGAGUGUCUCUGGUUUCUUUGGACAUUUUGGAUAACUCCGUCAAAAAGGCUAUCAGGCUUAAAUACAAGGAUGUGAAGACUGUGUCCCUUGCAACUAGUGUGAUUCUACAUGGAACUAAGUACUCUGAGGGCAUGUUUGUUUCUGUUGGGAGCACAAGUGGACUGCCUGAUUUUGGCAAAAUUGUCAAAGUACUUAUUGUGGACAACAAGGCAUUGUUCGUCAUUGAAUGCUUUUCAUCGUGGUACUUGGAGCACUUUGGAUGCUAUGAAUUGACAAGGAAUCUUUCUACAGACCUUCAAGUUGCAGACCCAGAAGAUUUGAAUUCCUUCCACCCACUGGCUUCUUACAUAGUGCAAGGAAAACUGAUGGUGUCACCCAGAGUGUUUUUACUUCACUGAGCUUCCAGCAUGCUGUUUCAUGUCAUUCUUGCGGAUGAUGACAUCCGGAGAGUCCAGAUUGAAAGAAUUCCUGAUACAGUGGAUGAACUGAAGACUAUACUACAGAACAGGCUUGAUCUGGAGGGUGAUAUUGUUGUCCAAUUUCAAGAUCCAGAGUUCAGCAAUGAACUCUGCAACUUGACUGAAAUGUCUGACCUACCAACAGAGAGACCAAGGCUGAAGGUAAUAGUAAAGGAACCACCCAGUAUGCCCACUUCUGAAGCCUUGUUGGAUGGUAGUUGUUCUGAAACAGCUGCUGAGACCUCAGCAUCCGCUGCAUGUCAUCCGUCAACCUCUCGCUACAAACACUGGCCUGACCCAUUUAUCAUACCUACUUUCUCUUACGAUGUAGAACUAAAGCUCAAAAAAGGCAAUGAGAUGUAUCAAAGAGAUGGUUCUCUACUGACUGUUAAUUCUGCUAUGAAGAGGGACAUACUCGACAAGGUCGCAAGUGCUAUGUAUGAGUACAAUGCAUAUCCAAAAACCAAGCAAAUUGAGG